CCUGUGGCCUGCCCUGGACAGCGUCCGGCCAAAGAGACGUCUCCAUCAGCCAACCACCUCUCUGUGGCCUUACAGAGCAAAGGAGGAAAAAUGAAUGGGCUGAAGAGCAGCGUGAGAGCGUGUUUCUUGCCUCCGGUGCCCUUCUUAAUAAGCCUCUUAGCGACUCUUGCCGCAGCUAAGAACAUCACUAACAGCACUUUAAACGGCACAGACGUGAUCUUGGGAUCCAUGCCUGCCAUCAUCGCCCGAGUGGACCAUGUGAUCGUCAAGGAAGGGAAAAGUGCCUUGAUCAACUGUAACAUUCUCGGCGUCCCCGACCCCCAUUUCAAGUGGUAUAAUUCCAACGGCCGCUUGCUGAAGGAAGAGGAAGACCAGGACGGCCCAGGAGGAGGUAGGAUGAACAUUGGGUUAAAUUUCCUGCAGCCCAAUUGGGGCUUAGGAGCCAAAUCAUUGCCCCAAAGCCGUGUUGACAUUUUCUCAUGA